GCAGAUGCUCCAGGAUGCAUUGUAAAACCUGUCUUGGAGUCUGUGGUCCUUUUGGUGGUGGACAUAGUUCGGGUACAGAGUGUUUUGAAACCCAGUCACCAUAAGGAUGGGCAGGAGCUUAAUGCUUUGCUGAAUGCCCCUCACAUGCAGGCACUUUUACUGGCUCAUGAUAAGGUUGCGGAACAAGAAAUGCAACCAGAGCCUGUGACAGAUGAAAAGAUUUAUGAAAAUGUUGGCGUGUACGGAGGGGAGACAGUUAAAAUAGUUCGCAUUGAGAAAGCUCGGGACAUUCCGUUGGGUGCUACUGUUCGCAAUGAAAUGGAUUCUGUUAUCAUUAGUCGAAUAGUGAAAGGAGGUGCUGCAGAGAAGAGUGGGCUGUUACAUGAAGGGGACGAAGUUCUGGAGAUUAAUGGCAUUGAGAUUCGUGGAAAAGAUGUUAAUGAAGUUUUUGACUUGUUGGCUGACAUGCAUGGUACUCUGACCUUUGUAUUGAUUCCAAGUCAGCAGAGCAAGCCACCUCCUGCGAAGGAGACAGUUAUACACGUGAAAGCACAUUUUGACUAUGAUCCCUCUGAUGACCCUUAUGUCCCCUGCCGAGAGCUAGGCCUCUCUUUUCAAAAAGGAGAUAUACUCCAUGUGAUCAGCCAAGAAGAUCCAAACUGGUGGCAGGCUUACAGAGAUGGAGAUGAAGAUAAUCAGCCAUUGGCAGGCCUUAUCCCUGGAAAAAGUUUCCAGCAACAAAGAGAAGCAAUGAAGCAAACCAUAGAAGAAGACAAGGAGCCAGAAAAAUCAGGAAAACUCUGGUGCGCAAAGAAAAACAAAAAGAAACGGAAAAAGGUUUUAUACAAUGCAAAUAAAAAUGAUGAUUAUGACAAUGAGGAAAUUUUGACCUAUGAGGAAAUGUCACUGUAUCAUCAACCAGCAAAUAGGAAACGGCCUAUUGUUCUGAUCGGCCCCCAAAACUGCGGCCAAAAUGAAUUGCGGCAGCGACUUAUGAAUAAUGAAGUGGAUCGCUUUGCUUCUGCCGUUCCCCAUACUACUCGGAGCAGGCGAGAGACUGAAGUAGCUGGCAGGGAUUACCAUUUCAUUUCCCGACAGGCAUUUGAGAGUGACAUAGCUGCAGGGAAGUUCAUUGAAUACGGAGAGUUUGAAAAGAACCUCUAUGGUACUAGCAUAGACUCUGUGCGGCAAGUAAUCAACUCUGGCAAGAUAUGCCUUUUAAAUCUUCAUACUCAG